GAUAUUACAUCAGCAGGACGCAACAAACCGAAACUGAAAGAACAGUACCACUACAAGAAAUUAAGGAAUGAAUUUAUUUUCUAUACUAACUCUACUUCAUUUACUGAAGGUGGUAUGUGCAGGUACUCACUCCCUGUGGUACUUUAUCACAUUUACUUCUGGCCCAAGCCCCUUCCCAGAGCUGGUGAUUGUGGGCAUGUUGGAUGAUGUUCCAGUGCAUUACUACGACAGCGUUGACAGGGUGGUGAUCCUGCGGCAUAACUGGCACAAGGAAGAGGACCGUGAAGUCUAUGCACAUAUUAAACAUGCGGCCAUCACACGGACCACUCGCUGCCUCAAAAACAGAUUUCAAUUCAUGAUGGAGAAUUUUAAUCACAGUGUUUCACUCCACACAUACCAGAAAAUCGCCGGGUGUGAGCUGGAUGAUGACGGCACAGAGAGGUUCCAAGUGAAGGACUCCUACAAUGGGGUGGAUGUGCUCUUUUAUGAUACUCAGACUAAUGCCUGGAGUUCUGUUGUCCCAGGAAUGUGGAACAACCUUUGGCUAAUUGAAGCCAAGAAAGGGAUAUUUGACCAGAUUUACAAAACUACGUGCAUACAAAUUUUGAAGAGCUACCUUCAUCAUGGAAGAGGUAUACUGGGACAAAGAGUGAGUCCCAGGAUUAGAGUUUUGCGGAAACAAGUUGGCGGUGCUGGUGGGGUAAAGGUAACCUGUCUGGCAACGGGAUUCUACCCCAGACACAUCGAGGUGACCUUGAAGAGGGAUAAACAGCCUGUUCCGGAGCAGGAGCUGAUCAGAGGUGAUAUUCUGCCAAAUGGAGACGGGACGUACCAACUGAGGAUGAGCCUGAGUGUCAGUGCGGAAGAGCUGAGAGAGGGACACCGCUACACCUGUAGUGUUAGACAUGUCAGCAUGGACAACAAGCUGGACAUUGCCUGGGACUCACAGCCAAAGCCAGGCGUUGCGCUGAUUUCAAGAGCAUCGGUCGCGGCUCUGAUUGCCAUUCUGCUCAUCAUCACUGCCAUCUUCAUCUUGAAGAAGAGAAAGAGCAAGGUGCCAGAAUGCAAUAGCCCUGGGAUUAACGAAGAAGAAAUGGAAAAGAUCCAUGCUGCUGAAGGGGCAGAAAAAGAUGCGGAAGAAUGUGUGCAGCUGGAAAGACAGGAAGAGUGAAAGAUAUUCACAUCAGGGGUAAAGAUGUAUAUAUUCACAUCAGGGGUACAAAGCCAAACAUCAUUCGCAAUUUAGCUAAAUAUUGCAAGAAGGGAAGGCAAAAUAUACUACUAUCAGCAAAUCCAAGUAGGGUUCCCAUUAAGACCUAUGAGGUUCUAGUUCUAUUAACAAUGCAGAGCCUAAUAGUCCAGUUUGCUAACUAAUUUUUCUGAUUAGCUAGAGGGCUGCUAUGUCUGCUGGUUUUUGAUGUGUUCGUGCACUUAAGUCAUCGACCCUGUUUACACUUGGUUUUAAAAUGCGUCUCAGGCGAUCGGAUCACAAGUGGCAAGCGCUAAAUACAAGUGUAAACGACCACCAAGACGCAUUGUGAUCCGAUCACUCAAACCACUUGCCGAGGUGGUCUGGGACGCAUUCGACCACAUAUCUUUUUUAGUGUAAACGCUAAUGCGUCCUGAUGCGUCCCCGACAAGGACGUAACAGGAAAAUACGUCAUCAGUGCAAUUUUUCGUCUUGUCCUGCGCCCUUUUGCAAGUCGCAAAUGAUUUUGUCCUGCCAGUCUCAACAGUUGGAAUAGCCCGUACAUGUAUGUUAGUCCUUGAAACAUUUUUGUUUUCUUAGCUAGCCCGUGCGAAACAAAUCUGGCGCUUGUCUGGUGACAGACUUUUGACUUCUAGCAGAAGUGACAUAGGCAGUAACUAAAUCUGAACCCAAGUGGUCAGCUGGACACCUUGGAGACGCAUGAUAGACACAGGUGUGAAUGGCAAUGUGUCUCGGCUGUCCACUUGUGUUUGGAUCACCAAAACACAUUUUAAAACCAAGUGUAAACAGGGUCAUCAAUUGGCUAAAGUUUCCAAGGCUCAGGCACGUGCACAGAUAGACCUCAAGGGGGGCUUGAGCCCCUGCCCUUUUGCCCUCUCACUCGACGAGUGCCCUUUUGGUUGGUGGUAAUUAAUGUGUAAUUACAGUGUAAUUAAUUUUACAAUGUAAAAUAAUUUUUAAAAUCUUAUUUGUGAACACUAUUUUCAAAACAUAAUAAUAACAACAACAACAAAAACCACAACAACCACAACCACAGACCAACCACCACAAACCAACACAAACCAACAACCAACAACCAAUUUUAUUCAUAAUGUAUUGUUCAUACAGACAAACACUAGAUUCAGAUAACUGUUUUAACAUAUACUAUAUAUUUUUAUAUUUAAGUGUAACAGCUGAAUUGCAGAUCCACUAUAAAUGAUUUGGCAAUUGACACUUGACACUUUGAUGUGACACAUAAAUUUAGAACGACCACAUUCUCUUCAGAUGGUAAGAUGGAAAAACACAGGGCCAAGUUACAUGAAAUGAUUUAGGAAACAUUGGGUAGCAUUGCUUUGGAAUAGAGCUUGUUUAAUUUGUGUAAGCUAAGAUAGCCAAUAUCUUAGCUUAUCAACAUCAAUGUUUGUUUUAACUUGGCCCCAUUUUGAUAUCAAUACUUUUAAUCGCAGGCCUAGGUUCUGCAAGUUUUUUUUUUAUUUUAAUGACUUAUAAUUAAUUUUUUGUAUGUGUGAGUAACUUGGCCUUUUUGUACGUUGAAAACGUGUUUUUUUUAAGAUAUCAUUUAUUUUUGUACUGUGCAUACAUGCAAACACACAUACAUUCUUGCUAAAAGAAACACAUAAGCCUAGAUUCAGUCAUUUUUCUGUUAACAUGAAUUACAAAUAAAUGGAAGUGUAAUUUUUUUUGAUA